GACUUUAGUGCCUGCGCGGGAGUGCGCUGGGCGGAGGGCCGCAAGCGCCGCGCCUGCGCGCGGAGGCCUCUGCGCUGCGCUCGAGCCGCAAGGUCGAAGUUUGCUCGUCGUCGCUUCCUGCCCUUACUUACUUCUACUUUACUGUUUCUUAUCGCUCUACACUCGCAUACUAUUUUUAUAUCCUGUGCACUAGUUCGAGUUCACGACAUCUACCUCGCUUUUCUAAUAGUGUGGGAUGGAAUAUUUGCCCUACAGUUUUCAAAAACCUUAACAAAGUCGAAAUUACUAAAGUCGGUACGGGCGGCUUCAUCUAGAGUCGAUACGAAGCAAGCGUGGUAGCAUUUUAUCAUCCGGCGAUUAGAUAAAGCGAAAUCGCUCAAACUCAGUGAACGGCAGUAGGCUCGCGCGCGCCCUGCUCGCAUCGCGCGCCUCGUGUGAGCAGACUGUCGCGUCGGGUGCAACAGUCACAGGUGCCGCUGAAAGAGCGGCACACCUGUCAUUAUAAUUUAUGCCUCCCAGACUAUGGGCCUACACUGUGUGAUUGAAAUGUUGGGCCGAGGUGGCAGAGCGCGCGCAGCGGAGACGACCGCGCGCCGGGCACAGGCUUCCUUGUUAUUGUUAGCGAAUGUUGACCGCGCGAGUGCCGCUGACCCGGUUUCUGCCGCACCACCAGGCGCAAACGCUAACUACACUCCCGGUCUACGUCAAAAACUGCAUAGAAAAUGCACUUACAAGUUUUUGUUACUGUAAUAGGUACCUACUUCGCAACUAGAACAGAACCUUGCAAUGGUUAAUGCGAUUAAGUACCUAAUACCUACUACAGACGAGACCAAGGAAUACAGUUAAAUAUCAAUUAUAAGGCGAGGCGGAUUGCGGCGCGGAGGGCGCGGGCGGCGGCGAGGCAGAGAGCCCGCCCCCCCUGCCGGCGUUCGGCUACGCCCACCAGGGCGGGCUGUCGCCGUCCCACUCGCGCAGCUACCAGGAGCUGCGACCGGCGGCACACGCGCGCGACAUGCAGACCUACCCGCACCUCGAGGAGACGCUGUUCAAGCCGGCGGGUACGCCGUCCUCCACCGACGGCGGCAGCGUGCUCAUCUUCCGCCGCAGCCCCGAGAUGAGCCCGUCGCCGGAGCGCCGCGACGACUACCGCUCUGUGCACCCUUAUGAGGCCUACACGCCGGGCCCGCCGCCCGCCUACGCCCACGAUCACCAUCAUCACGUCGACGGAGGCGGCGGUGGCAGCGGCGUGUACGCCCGCUGCGCGUAUCCCGGCAGCGCGCCCUACUUCGGCAACGGCGCCGACCUGUCGUCGCAGCCGCAGAUUUGGACCUCUAGUGCAGGCGGAUCGCCGUCGUACGGCGGAUCGAGUGGCAGCGCGCCGGGCGCGGUUCUGGAGGAGUACGGCGACGGCGCCGGCUCGGGCUCCGGAGGCGCUGGAGGCUCGCCCGGCAGUGGCGGCGCGUUACCCGCCUUCAACACCCGCUUCGGUGGGACGCCCUUCGCUUGUGCCACCUCGCGCCCUUCCACAGUCUACGGGACCACAGCUUUGUCUUCUAACGCCUAUGUGCCCCAGGAAGUAUGGUUAGAAGGCAGUCGCCGACAGUACUCUGCCGCCGCCAACCUGUCAGCAAUCGAAAUGGCGGAGAUUUUCACGGAGGGGCGCGAGUGCGUGAACUGCGGCGCCAUCGACACGCCGCUGUGGCGGCGCGACGGCACCGGCCACUACUUGUGCAACGCGUGCGGCCUCUACAACAAGAUGAACGGCAUGAACCGGCCGCCCAAGCAGCCCCGCCGGCUGGUACGUCAGCGGCAUGCGGCGCACGCCGUGCCCGCCCCCGCCAACGACAUGGGAACGAAGAGGCCGGGCCUAUCGUGCAGCAACUGCCACACGACCAUGACGUCCCUGUGGCGCCGCAACGCGCACGGGGAGACCGUGUGUAACGCCUGCGGCCUCUAUUACAAGCUACACAACAUCAACCGUCCUAUGGCCAUGAAGAAAGACUCCAUACAGACGAGAAAGCGAAAGCCUAAGAACAGCCUGAAAGCGGAGCGCAGCUUGAAAAAUUUAAGCCAACACUCGCAUUCCACUGCAGUCAAAAUGGAAAAUCUCUUGGACGCGGGGGCAACGGCGGCGUCGAACGUGGGCGAGAGCAGUCGGGGGCUGUCGCUGGGCUACUACGUGCAGCAGCAGCUGAAGCGAGAGGAGCCGCCUCCGGCGCACGGGGGCGCCCUAGUGCACCACGCGCACGCGCCCGCGCUCCUCCACCACGUGCACGCGCAACAACUCUACGAGGACGAGUUUCGACGCGCACCCGAGACCGCCGAUCGCCUAGAACGCCCCACCGUCGUCUCCAUCGGCAGCUGAGCUCGACCUCUGAGAAUCCUGACACCUCCGACGAGUCGCUCGAAGCGAGCCUUUCGAGGAACGCGACGACGACAACAGAUAUCUAUCAAUGGUGUUUGCGUGAUCGUUCAAAUAAAGAAUGAGUUUCGGUGACUUUGGUUAAAAAACCUACCUAGUACCUAUGUGCUAAACUCAAAUCAGGGUACAAAAGUAUAAAAUGUCAUAAAUAUUUGCUGUUGUACGUAUAAGUAGCGAUUCAUUAAUAUGUCAUCAACGUGACACUACGGCGGAACAAACUGGAGUUAGCUAGGAAAACUCACCGACUCCUUGCGUAAAAUAAUAUAUUUUAAACGUUGAGAAUAAUAAUAUAGAAUCUCACUUAGUUAAGCAAGUACUUUAUUUAGUAAAGUAGUUUAGGUUAGGAAUGUGAGCGAGUUCGACCAAAGAGUCGUAGCUAGUUGACCAAAUAUUCAAUGUGUACAGUCGGAUAUUAUUAUUUUGUAAAUAUUUACAUCUUCCAUAUUCGAGGAUAAUUUACUAGACACGUAUGUGCACAAGUCUUAAACUUACAAUAUACAUAUACCUAUAUAGUUUUAUCUAAAUGUCUAAGAUGAAAAUGAUCCGCCAGAUUGAAGGUCACAGUUUAUGUAGUCCGGUGCGAUGUAAUUAUUAUUAUUAGUUUAUAUGUAGAGUCUACAUCUACAUUGUAGAUUAUUAAGUUGAUAUAUUUGUAACUGCAAUUACAUUUAUAAAAGAUAAUUUACUGACACCUGUCAACAUAAGUGAGACGAAUUGAAGUUCAAAUACUGAGCGUCACAUUUAGUUUAAUUGUUUGUGUUUAUUUUUGUUACCAAAUAUUAAUCUCGUAAAUAAUACGAGUACCUACGACUGCCUGCCUUCCUUCCACACACGCUAGAGGACGGAGCAUCCCGCCCUAUCUGUGUGACACGCCGCUAGGAGGCUAUCGUCAUGUUUUAUAUUACCAACUUCUUGUUGUAGUAUAACUCCAAACUCCAUGACUUUGUUAAACAUUCCUUAAAUUUAUUACACUUAAGCAUUGUAGAAAUGAUAAGAUAGUCUCUAAUUCGACUGAUACUUGUAUAAAUGAAGAUGGAUCGUGUAUAAGCAACGUUUUUGAACUCGCAUCAAGUAUGGAGAUCAAUGUCGUAGACGUGAAGUCGUGAACGUACACUGUAGGUAAAUACACAUAUUGUAUGUUGAAACAUUCCUUCCCUAUAUUUUAUUGAAGUUUUAAAUACAAUAGAUACAGUGAGUGACAAUUUACAACUUUGCCCUGCAAGUAUAAAGCGGUACACGGCGGAAAGGAAGUUCAUAACACGAGGUAUAAAAUUGAAGAAAUUUGUUCUUAAAAUAGAAUUACAUAAGGUUCAAAUCUCUUAAACUUUUUCCCGCCAGUUAUCAACUUCUUCCCGCCGUGUACGGAAAGGUCGUCACUGAUCAAACAUUCAUCAAGUCAGUGAUAAUCAAACAAUUAAUUAAUAUCUGAGUACAGGGAACCGAUUUUUGAAUUUCGACCGCUCGAUAUCGUGUAUUUCGUUCAAUAAUAUCUCCAAUACUAGGCAUUUAAAUUCUACUAAUAUAAUUGAAAACGAGUAGUCAAUACCACUCGGUUCCCAUUUUCUAUCGCUCGUAUUUAAAAAAAUUGCAUUUCGCCGUUUUCGACCGAUUUUCGAGUGACGAAAUCGAGCGAUCGAAAUUCAAAAAUUGGGCCCCUGCUCGUUUUCCCCAUUGCCUAUGUAUAAUUUUUAUACGAUUUUUCAAUAGGGAUAAAUGACACAAUUGGGUAAUGGUGAACUCGAACUGUUGGACCUGGAGGAUUCCAGGGCGAAAAUGGACGGUAUAACGGUACAAUGUAGAUAAUGGAUUUCAUGCUCAGUAAUAUAGUUAUGGCCAGGCAAAUCGAAUACAUAUGUAAUGACGCACUUUAAUAGAACGUUGUCAGAAUGUGCCGUUAAGCAAAGAGUAACUUAAUGUCGAUUGGUAAUAAGGUGUUACUGCCAUAACGUAGUAGUCCAAUAGGUAGAAAUUCCUUGUAACGGACCUUAGAUUACGUCGUUAUUUAAGGUCUGUUACAAGGAAUUUCUACCCUCAUUGAUAAAUUGCACAUAUUAGGUUGUCUAGCUAAACCCGGAACGGAGUGGUCUCACCCAUAUUGACAACCGACAAUGUGAUACCUUUGGCCUGAACUGAACUUUAGGGUACAAAUAGUAGGUAACCCCUGUAAAUUUAACAUGUUAUUUACAUCAUUACAUUAUUAUAUUUGUCAGGACUUACUCACCUUCAGUGCCUUUUAGAUUGUACGCCAGAAAAUAUGUUUGUCACUGUAAAAAGGCACGAAAUGGUACAUUGACCGUAACACUGUUAACUGGCUGUUAAGGAUUUCAAUAACACACAUUCUAUUUUAUCGAAAAUAUAAGUAUGUCUUAAACAAAACAUCAUAGAUCUGAUUGUAACCUCUCUAAAGUGUCUUGACUGUGCCUCAUGAAAUAGUUCCUUAUAUUGUUGAUGUAACUCGUUUGUAUUUUAUUUGUGUAGUAAAAACUGCAUGUUAAAGAAGAAUAUUAAUAUUAUAUAUUAUGACGUUAAAUGAAAUUUAUACUGAAAUUUGAUUUAGGUAAUUUGAAUGAGUUGUAUGUUAAAGAAGUGGCUUUUGCUGGCAUUAACUUAGUAGAGCGAAAACGUAAGGAAAUAUCCUUCCGAUUGGUAUUUAUAAGUAAAUAAAAAAUAUAGGUACAUUUUAGCUGAUGCCAACAUUAGCCACCCCUUUAUGUUACAGCGUGUAAAUAUUAUGUUAGCAAUGCUUUCAAUUAAAUAACUACACUCAA